AGACGCAAAGCUCGUGUUCUUCAUGGAUGCGCUGACAACUACUACCCUGGCCUCAUGUAUUCCUUGGACAAGAAGAACAGGUGGUCUCAAGAUCCUGUGGCACUGCUGAAGGGUAUCAAGGAUAACGAGGUCGUUGGGCAAGUAGUUGAGCGUCGAACUGUCGGUCCAGUUUGUCGGUGGAGUGAAAGCAAAGUGUUCGCCCUUCACGAAAUGGGAGAAGAUGGAGAGGUGAAGUCGAAGACUGUGAAGGGAAAUGGAGCCUCG